UCCUGAGAGGGAGAGUAUAUCCAUACUCGUGUCGUCUCUGUUCCAUCCUCGUCCUCAUUUCUCUCUCUCUCUCUCUCUCUCUCUCUCUCUCGGGAUGUCGGUCUCCCAUCUUGCUGCUGCUGCUGCUUCUUCUUCUUUUUCUUCUUCUGCAGAUUUCCGAAUGGCGAAGCCCAAUCGCCUGCUCACCCUCCUCCUCCACGUUCUGAUCAUGGUGGUCGUCUUCUCCGUCGGGCUUCUCUUCCUCGGCAUCGCCAUUGUCUUUGUCAUCCACGUCUUCCUCAUCCGCCGCGCGUUCGAAUCCUCACCUGAUGAAGACUUCCCUUCUUUCGCCUCUCGUUCUUCUUCGUGGUCUUCUUCUUGUGGGUUGUCGAGGUUCGACCUCCAGCGGCUUCCCUGCUUCGACUACCGAAAUGGGUAUCCAUCCGACUGCGCCGUUUGCUUGGAGACAUUCAGAUAUGGUGAAAGAUGCAGAUCGCUGCCGUCUUGCAGGCACAACUUCCACGCUCACUGUGUCGACGCGUGGCUAGCCGUAGCGCCCGUCUGCCCCAUUUGUCGGACGGCGGUGCGCCCGCCGGAUUGAUCAUGGUUAGACGGAUCCGAUAAGAUUUGCUGAGAGAAUGAAUCCGUAAUGAUGUGUAAGAUGUAAAGAAACUUCAACUGUAAUUUUCUCUGAACCAAGAGCCCCAUUCACUUCAGGGUGUAAAUCAGCUUAGACCUUCAAGUUCAUGGAGGUUAAAAGCUCGAAACUGAGGGUGCGUCUCUUGGAAUAAUCUAGCAAGCGUCUAGCUAGCCCCAGCUUGUCGAUCAAAUGAAAAAAAGAAAAGGCAAGAUAGAAAUGUAAGUCUCUUCCCACUCUUGGGUUUUGGUAAUAUAUGGAGAAUGUUAGUUCGUGGUUCUUGAAUCACAAGCAA